CGGCCCUCCACGAGCCCGAGCGGCCCGCGAGCUCACACCGGCUUUUUCUCCAGCCUCAGCCCGCGCGCUGCCAUCGCCGUCAUGCUGGGCGCCGCUCUCCGUCGCUGCACCGUAGCAGCAGCAGCAGCAGCGGGCCGAGCGGUCCCCCGAGACUUCCUGAACCCCGUUUCGGCUUCCAGCUCCGCCGCCGCCAUCCAGUCAGCUCGCUGCUAUGCUCAUGGGUCACAUGAGACAGACGAGGAGUUUGAUGCACGCUGGGUGACGUACUUCAACAAGCCAGACAUAGACGCCUGGGAAUUACGUAAAGGAAUGAACACACUGGUCGGCUAUGACCUGGUUCCAGAGCCCAAGAUCCUUGACGCCGCUCUGCGUGCUUGCCGACGGUUAAAUGAUUUUGCUAGUGCUGUUCGCAUCUUAGAGGUUGUUAAGGACAAAGCGGGUCCUCAUAAGGAAAUCUACCCCUAUGUCAUCCAGGAACUUAGACCAACUUUGAAUGAACUGGGUAUUUCCACUCCAGAGGAACUGGGCCUUGACAAAGUGUAAUCUUCCUCGGUGGACUUCCCAAGGAUUUACUGGUAUUGCUACUUGAUUAUAAACAGUGACCUAGAAAUGUUUCAUUUGAACAAAUUUUCCUUUGAGUAUCAAGCCAUGUAAUAGUAACUUGGACUUUAAUAAAAGGGAAAUGAGUUUGGACUGAAA